CGAAGGACGCUUUCAUUGGAUUUUGAAUGCAAAUUUUACGAUGCAAAUUAAAUCUGAUCAUUACCUAUCAUCAGCCAAUUAUUAUUCGAACCCGGCUUGAUGUUCGGAUUGGGAAUAAUGAAGCCAUAGAAACCGAAGAUAAAAUACCAAUUUAUGGUUCUUCGGAUGAAGAGCCUUCAAAACAGCUCCCUAUAGUACCCCGAAAUUUUAUCAAUUUAAUCGACUCUACAAUUGAAUUUCUUUUUCCUUCCAAGAUGGUCGCCGGCUACCCGGUGAAGAAUUCUAGAGCUUUGUGAAGUUACUCACUCCAGGAGGGGAAGAAGACUUUGUUUUCCCCGAAAGGAAAAGAAAAACCCUUCGAAACUACUGUUUUCCGCUUCGAGUAUUUUUCUCGAUCAUGAGGCUUUUUGCGAAAUUUGCGUGCGAAUGAUCGGCGAAUUAAGAUGGAGAAAAGUCCUGUGAUAGCUGAGUCGGCGACUUCGUGGGCUGACGAAAUGGAAAAUUUUGUUGCUGAAGAAGAAGCGAGACUCGCGAAGGAAGAAGCUGAGAAACGAAAGUCCAAGUCUCGAACUCCGAAAUUUGGCAAUAAAGCCCACGACGACGAGCCGCUGAGUUGGCGGAGUAACUGUGAAUCGAAUGCGAAAACCAACGGCUCUUCAGCGCAAAAGACGAAAUGGCGGAAAUUCAGCGAAGCCCCGGAGCCGUUUUCGGGAAGGCGAUCAAGGUCGCAGGAAAACCUGAAUUUCGGCAAAGGGAGCCCUGGAAAAUCGCCGCAGAAAAGUAGCAAAACUUCUUACCGGAGUCCAAGCAAAAGCACGGGACGAGGGUUGGAAGACUUUGCUUCCAGUUUGUUGAUGCAAUCGCCCUUCAACAUUCUUCCAGUGCCUCCGACCUCGGGGUUUGCAACAUUUUUCGGGUCAGCUCAAACUCCAAUGACCUUCGCAAAAGAUAAUUUUUGCUUUGAGCCGAAAGUGUGGUCAUCGCCUUCAAAAAGAGGCCGGCGUUUCAAGAAUUCCAAAAACAAGGCCUCUGAUCAAAACGCUCCGCAAUCAAAAACGAAAUUUGGCAAUAAAGCCCACGACGACGAGCCGCUGAGUUGGCGGAGUAACUGUGAAUCGAAUGCGAAAACCAACGGCUCUUCAGCGCAAAAGACGAAAUGGCGGAAAUUCAGCGAAGCCCCGGAGCCGUUUUCGGGAAGGCGAUCAAGGUCGCAGGAAAACCUGAAUUUCGGCAAAGGGAGCCCUGGAAAAUCGCCGCAGAAAAGUAGCAAAACUUCUUACCGGAGUCCAAGCAAAAGCACGGGACGAGGGUUGGAAGACUUUGCUUCCAGUUUGUUGAUGCAAUCGCCCUUCAACAUUCUUCCAGUGCCUCCGACCUCGGGACUAGUUUUGCGAGGCGUUUCAAAAAGUGAUACCAAGGAAGAAGAAUCUGAAGCUUCUGCCAGGCUUUCUUCAUCAAAUAAUCCUAGAGGUCGCUCUAAUAACUCAGAAUAUGGAACGGAUAGCACAACUUCCUGUUAUGGCUCCAGCUGUGCUCUGAGUUACACCGAUGAAUCCUCCAAUACCAAAUCCUGGAAAAAAGAAUCCAAAUCCGGAAAACCAUUCGAGCCUCGGGUUAUUCACGAUCCCAAUACGAAGCAAUUGUUGCUGAAGGGCCAAUUUUUCGCAAGACCUUCAAAGAAGUACCAUAAUCAGUACCAACGAACUUACAAUAACCAGCAAGAUCCACCCAAGGCGGGGGCAUUCAAUAAAUGCUCAUCAGAAGCUGUUCAAAGCUCUAAAUCAUGUGCAAACUUUGGACCAGCAGGUGACGACCAUCAAAGCAGCGCCACCUAUCAGUCACAAAUGACUGUCGGACAAAUGCAACUUAAGUCUCAUCAAAGCAGCACUAAACAAUUUGGAUUGUACUCAGAUUUCCAACAAGAACUGAGUCAGUUCUAUGCUGGACAAGAUCNAUGUGCAAACUUUGGACCAGCAGGUGACGACCAUCAAAGCAGCGCCACCUAUCAGUCACAAAUGACUGUCGGACAAAUGCAACUUAAGUCUCAUCAAAGCAGCACUAAACAAUUUGGAUUGUACUCAGAUUUCCAGCAAGAACUGAGUCAGUUCUAUGCUGGACAAGAUCUGGAACAGAUGACCUUUGGGGAAAGUGCUGGUGACCAAGUCAGGAGCAAUGAUGGAUCCAGGGAAGUAUACUACAGCAGUCAAUCAGCUUUGCAAUAUUCAGGGAACUUUGGAGUUGACUACAGUCUGUUUUCUCAACCUACUCUCAUGCAACCUUUUGGCAAUCGCUUCAAUGGCCCAGUUCAUGUGUGGGCGACGAUGAUCGAUGUCUUGAAUCCUCUUUGCAACAAGGUUGCCUUGAGUUGCCCCGGAAUCGUUCAGGGUCACUUCCAUAACUGUGUCGACAAGUUGUUUUUAAUGAGAUCAUGUCAGUGCGACUAUUCCGAACACUUACCGUAUUUUGAAGGGAAUGAACCGCAAAAUUCAAAGCGAUCUGGUGGCGCAAUGGUGGACUUGGUGGAAUGUGACCCACCUUUGGCCUGGCUCCAGUACAACUCACUGUCACCGAUCACUAUGAUACUUUUCUUUGCUCUGAAUUUCGCUGAAAUUUGGCGUGAGUGCGGCCGGAAGUCGGCGAAAAUUGCACGCGGCGGCUUCUUUUCAAAACAGCGCAACUCAGCCGCGAAACUUAACGAGGAACUAGACUCGGCUCGACCCAAAAGAGCCUCGAUGGAGAAACUGUGCGGCUUUUUUGGCACAGCAGCAGCAGGUGCUGGUGCUACUGAGGGUUGGCAACAUAUUUUCGAGUGGUUCACCAAGUCGCCGUAUCUCCGAAAGGACUUGGGGCACUUGGGACACGGAUGUCUGACGGGGUUAUUCGUGUCACUGCUGCCACUGACGAGAGCAGCUAUCGACACGGAUGACGUGGAUGUGGACGAUGACGAGGAUGACGAGUCACACGAUGAUGUCGUGGGUGGCGAGAUGGGCCUUGAGAUUGGCACGCUGAUUGAAGCCCUUGUAGCACACGUGGCACUGGUGAGGGGCUGCGUCCAUGUGCAGGACUUUGUGCACGGCCAGGGUUCGGGAUUGGCAGAAACCCUUGCCGCAGUGCUCGCACUUGAAGGGCUUCUCGCGGCUCUGAUGAGAGACAGAGACCCAGAAGGAGAAAAAAUAAGAGGAGCACUUCUCAAAAUUGCAGCCACUGCAAAAAAUAAAAUAAAUAAAUCAGACGCAUUAUAUGGUUUACCACACGAAGCAAUCUGGAAUGUGAGGAAUGCCGAGCAUUUUUUCUUUCCUCCUUCACCCCCUGGGGGCAAAAUGGCGGGUGAUUACGGCAGUGAUUCAUCACUGAAUACGCGGGGGCGAAGCCGGACUGCCCAGGUUGAAAUUGAGAGAGAGAGAGAGAGAGCUGCUGUCGUUACGCGGAUCCGGCGGCGCCACGCUGCGAAGGGUUAUUGCGACGCGGAAAUGAAAGGAAAGCCGCCACUGCUGCCGCCUCCGCCGCCGCCGCCGGAAUCGAAAAUCAUCUUCCUGAAGUAA